AUGGUUCAAAAGCUUAUCAUCUUCUCUGGUCUCAUCAUAUCUGCCUCAUGUAUGUUCCUUCAUCCAGCUCCUGUGCCACUUAUACUAGAGCCAUUCCAGGAACCGCAGACAUCGUACGACUUUUCUUACCACGUCAAUGAUGCACGGACCGGUGACUUUAAAUCUCAAUCAGAAGCCAGGCGCGGAGACACUGUUCUAGGACAGUACUCAUUAAUUCAACCUGAUGGUGUCAGAAGAGUAGUUGAUUACCAAGCCAAUGAUCUCACCGGUUUUCUGGCAACCGUUAACAACCAACCUCUACUUAACGGACUCCCAAUCAGUAGGGCUCCACAAGGAAAUGAAAUUCCUCAAGAAAACCAGGUAAGCGGCGAUGCUCAACGUCAAGAGCAGAAGCAGGAACUUCAACAACAACAAAACCAACAACAACAAGCUCAACAGCAACAACAACAAGCUCCACAGCAACAACAACAAGCUCCACAGCAACAACAACAAGAGCAACAACAGCUUCAGCAACAAUACCAGCAGCAACAGCAACAACAACAACAGUUCCAGCAACAGCAGCAGCAGCUUCAACAGCAACAUCAGCUUCAACAGCAACAAUAUCUUCAGCAGCAACAGUUCCAGCAGCAAGAGGAAUCUCCUCGCCAGACGACAGCUCCUGCUGGUGUAUCAGUCGAGAACCAAUGCCCAAGCUGUGCCAGCUCUACUCCUCCUAGUAUUUCUCUUUCCACAGUUCUCCACCCCUACCAAAAUAAUAUUUGGUACUAA